AGCGAAUUGGAGUUUGAACAGGAGGGAAGUGUUCUCGUGCCGCUAGGAAACCAAGUCAAUAGUAGACGGAACGGAAAGAGUUAACAUUAACAGUCUUAACAGAUAGCAUAAUAACUCAAACACGAGAUUUGUUUUGCACGGUGGGAGUGUACAGUUAUGGAGCUUAAAGAAGAAGCCACACCGGAGGAUGACAGCAGAGGGCGGCAGAGAGACGUUCCGACAAGAGUCGGCACUUCGAAACAAGUGCAAACAAAUCAACUGAAGAUCUGUCCGGUUCUAGUGUCUGGAGAUACACAUCGUAUGUGCCGUGGCCGGGAUAGGAGUGAUCCGGAGCCCAAGGCUGGCGACGCUGCAAGCGACGACGGGUUUCCCGCGGAUCAAACGUCCGGUGCAGUCCGCGAAACCCCGGAGAAAGACUCUCGUUGCACUGGAGAACACACCGAAAGCUUGUCAGAUGGCCGCCAGGGCAAGAAGAAACACCGGAGGCGACCCUCCAAGAAGAAGCGCCGCUGGAAGCCUUACUUCAAACUAACCUGGGAGGAGAAAAAAGAGCUGGAUGACCGGGAGACGGCACGGGCAUCGCGAAUGCGAGCCGAAAUGUUCGCCAAAGGUCUCCCCGUCGCCCCAUACAACACGACCCAGUUCCUGAUGGAGGAGCACGACCGCGAAGAGCCCAAUCUCAACACGGAGCUGGGCGUCCGAAGAUCCGGUGCGAUCCGCUCCGACGACACGGCCAGCGAGGAGGAUAAUUUUGAAGCCGAGGAGGAAGACGAGGAGGAAGGCGGUGAUGACGGGGGGAGUGACGGGAUGGGUAGACCCGGGCAGGCAGGCGGGGAGUUUCUGCAGAGAGACUUUUCUGAGACCUAUGAGAGAUAUCAUGUCGAGACCCUCCAGAAUAUGUCCAAGCAAGAACUGGUUAGGGAAUACCUGGAGCUGGAGAAGAGCAUGUCGCGGUUAGAAGAGGAGAACAACUGGCUCCGCCACGUCCGGAGAAACCCCGAGCCUUCUGCGGCUGACAGCAGCACCGCCGCCGCCGCCGCUCACGGUGAACAGCGUGUCCGGGAGCUGGAGACUGAGGUGGAGAGACUGAGAGCCGAGAAUAACGAGCUAUUACUCAAAACCCCCAAAACUGGAGGGCCGGGACUCAACCAAUCUCAGCCGUGCUGAAUGAAAUCCAUUGAUGGACAAAAUUUCUACAUGUUUUGUUUCUGUUUUACUUGUCAAAUCGAUCUAAUGUUUCUCUGUCUUACUGUAAACAGCAGCAUCUCUGUGGUAGCUAAUACUCUCUCAGCCUAUGCCGUCUAAAGGUAAUGUUUUCUGACAGAACAUUUGUUUAUUAAAAUCUUAUGUGCGGUCCCACAUAUUUGGUCAGAUGACAAUAAUAUAAGUGUUAAUAAUAACACAUUAAAUUGACAAAGGAUAGCCUACAAUGCUUUUUUUUUGGUAAUGAAAAUGUUUAAAACAGUCAGAAACGGACCUUUUGUGAUUGCACGAGCCGUUGCCAUGGCGUUACAAAUGACUUUAAAGCUAGUUUAAGGUCUUUGUUUGUGUCUUUUAAGCUAUUUUCAUGUAAAACACUCAAAAUAGAACAAAUAUACAGCGUUUCAGGUUCAUUGUUGAUGGCGCACAUGCUUCCGUGUGUUAAUGCAUGACAAGACAGUGUUGUAAACCGUGGAAAAUCGUUAACGGUAUUUUAUCUUGCUUUGCCCAAAUAUGUCGUCCAUUAAAUUAUUCCACAUUUUAGUU